GAAAAGCGAAAAAACAACAUCCCUUGCGGUCGAAAAAGGUUUUUAUUGGCAUUUUCCGCAUCAAACUGGCUGAAAUUGCAGUUUUAUAAAGUGCGUGCAUUUUGGAGCCAUGGCAGACGAAGGGAACGAAGAUAGCUGGUUGUACGGCAAUACCAACACGGACGGGAAAGAAGGCGACGAUAAAGGUAACGAAGCCGCUGAUGACGAUGGAGGAAAAGAUGGAACCGCAGAUGAAGCUUCAGGUCAACCACAAUGGGAAGAAAAGAAUCGUGGUAGCAAACGUCCUCGGAGCAGUUUUUCCGAUGAUGAACAUCAUCAGCACGAUGAUAAUGCGAUGGAUUCUAGCGAUCUGGGACAGUCCCGAGGUGAUUCCACAAGAAGGGAGGAUGAUUUCCAAGGGGAGGAGGAUUCGCAUUUACAGGAAGAUGAAACCCAUGACCAUGAAGGCGGUAGAGAGAAACGCGAUAGAAGCGAUGGGGAAAUGGACACCGAUGAUAGCGAUGACGAUGACGAUAUUAAUGUAGUUAUUGGAGAUAUCAAAUCCGGUCCGAGCUAUAAUAUCGUAAAGCCAAGAGGACCUAUAGUUCCUCCACAGGUGGCACAGGCAGUCCCUGGACAGGAUAAAGCCAAGCAACCAGCUGGGAAAUUUAGUAUUGAAGAGUUUGAAAGUGUCGGUACCAUAAACGGUGUCCCAGCUCAUGAAUUCAGCAUCGAUUCUUUAGAGGAAAAGCCAUGGCGUAAACCUGGAGCGGAUAUUACGGACUACUUCAACUACGGAUUCAACGAGGAAACGUGGAGAGCAUACUGCGAGCGACAGAAACGCAUGCGUAUGCAUGAAAGCGGAGUUGGGUUGCAAGGAUUGACUAUCAACAAUCCACAGGCGGCUCAGACACAGAACAAUUGGAGAACUGGUCCUCCUCCGCCGAGGAAGAUGAACAACGGAAUAGACGUGAUUGGCGGAAUGAGUAUGCAUCCGAGACCCGAAGGAGACAUGAUGCCUCGUCAUCCGAAGGAGAACAUCAUCCAGGUCAUGACAGCCGAUCGUCGUGAGUACAGCCGAUCUGCUGCUAAAUUCGAUUCUCCCAUGGGUCCACCACCCUUCGGAGCUCCUCCAGAAUUCUACCACAGUGAACCGGACUACGGGGAUUAUGGAUACGAACCAACGCAAGAAUCGCAGUGGAACCAGGAAACCAAUUGGCAACCGCAUGGUAUUAAGACGCUUACUCCUGGUCCCCCACCGCAGAUGAUGCCACCGGGAAUGGGAAUGCCUCCUCCACAUAUGGAAAUGAUGCCGCCACCCAUGCAACCAUCAAUGAACAUGGGUCCUCCGGGGAUGGGGCCACCGGGCAUGCGUAGCCACGAUCGGGACCGCGAACGAGAGCGCAGCGAACGGGAACGAGAUCGUGAACGAGGUGCAAGACCGAGGGACCGCGAACGAGAACAACGAGAACAAAGAGAACAUCGUCGCGAUCGCGAAAGAGAGCGGGAAAGGGAACGGGAAACACCUGUCCCCAAGCCGGAGCCUGUUGAAAUAGAACGGUCCCGUAGUGAAAAACCGGAACGGGAUCGAGAAUCCGAGAAGGAGAAACGAUCGUCCAAGUCCGAUCGCCAUAAGGAUAGAUAUCGUGAACGGUCACGCAGCCGUGAAAAGUCUAAGGCUAGGAGACAUUCCCGUAGCCGCGAACGGGAUCGUGAGCGACACGGUAGUAGCCGGCCCGAGAAAAAGAAGUCUCACCGCAAGGACAAAGAGGAAAGCGAAUAGAACGGCGAAAAGUGAAAAUGCAUUCGUACCUAGCUACCGUGCUCUUGUGGAGCAAAACUUAUUGAACCCUUAUCAUUAUGAGAAAUGAGAAUAUUAAGAUAUAGCAUAAGAUACU